AUGGGGAAUUGCUUAGCCCCAAGCAAGAAAAGGUGCCAAGUACACCAAGUAGAAGAACAACACGAUCUCCCCGCAGUUAACCGUAAAUCCGACAAUACGACGAAUCCAGAGAAGUCAGGGGAAUUUCUCAUCAGCAAGGGCGAAACCGACGACGGUGGCGGCGGUGGGGUGAAAGUGAAGGUAGUUCUGACCAAGGACGAGCUCGAAUGGCUCAUGUACGAGCUCAGGGUGAAAAGUAAUAAGCUCGAGGAUGCUCUGGCUGAGAUCGAGAGAAACAGAGCACUGAAAUCGGUUAGUGUCUACCAGUGCUGGCAGCCUUCUUUGGAGAGCAUUAUCGAGAGCCCAGAAGAGGUUGGAUCGGGGAGAUAUUAUUAG